UACUGGCGUAAGGUUCAUCAGGAACCACAGACAGGACUCCGCAAAUGUAAACUAGUAUUGCCUAGUCCAGUAUUGUCGCCUAGUACACAUUAUGUCAGAGUCAGCGCAGAAGCUCGGAGGGUGGAGCUCCCCACCUAAAGAAGCGAAUGAAAAGGUUCAAGCAAUAUGCUUUCAGGUCAGAAAGGCCGUCGAGGACAAAAUCAAUGGCGGACAUCCGCUGGGCCAGUUCACGGCCAAGGAAUAUAUUGAACAAGUCAUUGAAGGGAUGAAUUACCGUAUCAAGGUCCAGAUUAACACCGUGUCGAAGAUUCGUAUCGAAGUAUGCGAGAGUCCCAUCGUACCAGUUCCGCCCUAUCUGACUGCAGUUGCUGCUGAUGGUCCUCUCAACGAUCAACCCUUCUAGUGCUAGCAUGAUCGCCAUCGUCUUCUUAUUAUGACCAUCGCUAUGUUUCUUGGUUUUCAGUUGGUUGUUUCAUCUGUCGUGUAUUUCUUCAGUUAUUUUGCCUCCUGUUUUCGGCCAUGCAUAAGGACAACACUGGCCAAUUACCCUUCAA